UUCGCACCUUUCCACCUUUAAAGGUUCAAGUUGGGUCAUUAUCCCCCGAACAAAGACAAGGACGCACGAGAUGAACAUUAAUGCAAAGACCCUAGCGUGGGGAGCACUCUACGUGGUGCUGUUGGUCGUUGCAGCCAUCUUUACUGGCGGAAUAUCGGACCAAGCCCAAUUCGGGCCGUCUCGUGUUUGUCUACUCUUUGUUGGUAAUUAUCAUGAGGAGGGUGGAGUGCGCCUGUUCGAUGCGGACUCAUCAGCUUGCGGAAUUGCUGUUGGUGUUGGCAUUCUUGGUAUCCUCCUGUCCAUUAUCCUCGGUGGUACUUUGCUUUACUUCUUGGCCAAAGACCAGGCUCGUGCAAAGCGGGUGAUUCUUGCAUUCGCCGUGGUCGCAUCAAUGUACACUCUUGUCGCAUUGGUUGCAGCAUCGCUCGUCACAGCUGGUUUGAAGAAAUCUUGUCAAGAGUUUGAAAAAGCUCAAGGAGAUGCCGGAUGUGGGAUUGUCUUCUCGUAUGGAUUCUUCACCCCUGGUGUCGGACAGGAGACCAAGAAUUUGGGCACUGUAAAGGCAGCUGCAAGCGCUGGGUGGAUCCUUGUGUUGGGCUGGUUAGGUUAUGCAGGCGCCGAAUGGUGGAACUGGAGGGUAGCCUCGCAGCGCUGGUGGUAGGCACUCACUUUUGGCUGAGCCAGGUGUGGCCAGCCGCUCCACAUAUUUUUAAUUUUGGAUUAGUUUCAUUUAGAUUUAGACCAGCAUAGCUGAGUCCCAAUUUGUACAUGUUUAGUUUUCGUUAUGUAAAUUUAGUUGCAUCCUUUCUCAACUGUUUCGAACAUGCAAAUAGCAUCAGUUUCAUGUUGGUGAUGAAAUGAACAAACGGA